AUGGGGACACGGGACGAUGGCCAAGCUCGCCGUCUGAAUGGAUUAUUGGAAAAACGAAAGUUCGAGGAGGAACGAAGGAAGGUUAUCAGUGAAUCUUUGAGGAACGGGGCUAGCAAGAGCAAGAAGAUCGUUUUUAAGGAUUCUGACGAUGAGGUACGUUUUUCUUUUCUUAAUAUUACGUGUUUAGGGAGUGGAAGUGUCUAGCAAACGGUUGACAUUGUUUGAUGAAGAUGAUGAACCUGAAUUGACGAGCCAAGACCCAGAACAGUUAUUGAAAAACAGAUUUACUGGAAUAAAGAGUCAGAAGUUGACGGAGAUUGAGUCUCGCUUUAACUACGAUCAACGUUUUAAAGUGGACGAUCGAUUUGUAGAAGGAUCGGACGAUGAAAUUGAUAAGGAGGUAUAGUCAUAUUGAUUUUUGGAUAUUAACGUUAAACCUAUAAAAGGGCUGAAGUUUCAUGCAAAUGUAUAAUGGGAAUAUUUUUGAGGGCAACAAUAUUUAUUUAGACAGGAGAGAAGACUGUGAUAGCUGAGAAAAAGGAGCAGUUUGCAAUUCUUUCGUCAAUUCUUGGUCAUGAGGUCAAAAGUUCGUUGAAGGACAAGACGAAUACUAAAGCAGAAGUAGUUCGACCGUUUCAACGUUUUGAUCCUGACAAUCCUGAGCACGUAAAAUGGAUGGAGAAGCAAAAAGAGUAUAUAAAAGUUCAGAACAAACCGUUGAUAGAUGCCGAAGCCUUUAAUCAAGUAAUUUUUUACUGGUUUUUUAUGAACUUAUAUUAGGGUUAUUUGAACGGUAAUUAGUUUAUAGGGAAUUUUAAGGUUGAGGGUUUUGUUUUCGAUUAUAUUUUAUUUGUUUUAGGAAUUGGAAAAGGAAGAAACAAAGGUCGUUGAAGGCCAUUUCUACGAAAUUGACAGAGAUUUUGCUAAAGAACUUCAUGAUAAUCUGAGUAAGUUUAAAUGUUAUACACCAAUUUAAAAUCAAGAAGCACUGAUGGAUAACGUUACGUUUAAUUAUUCCCAAUUUUUUAAAUUUUUGUUAUUUUAUAUUUUUAGCUGUGAAAGAGGACAACCAACCGUUCAGUUUUCUUUCGUCGAUAGGAAGAGACACAUCUUCAAGUAAACGACAGGAAAAAUCAAUUUUCGAAAAGUUAUUACACUCACAACCUGACCAAACAGAGCCAAAAUUAGAAAAGGUAGGUAGUUAAUAUAUUUUUACUUCAAAAUAUUAUAUUUUUAAGAGUUUAUACAUGAUUUUUUAUAAAUUAAUAAGAAUUAUGAAAUGUUUUAGGUAACACAAUUAACAAAUUCGACAGAUGACAAUUUCAAACCCUACUUCUUUGUCGAUCCUUUUGAUGCUAUGGGAAAGCGGGUAUUGAAUGCUUUUAGAAGACAACAGUCUAUGGAUAAGAUUAAAAAGACAUGGCAAACACAUAGGGAUAAAACUGAAAAUGUAGGUUAGAAGUUAUAGGUAAUGAAGGUUAACUUCUAUGUAUGUAAUGUAUAAUCCGGUUUACCAUAAAACUUAUUUUAGUAUUACAAAUCGAUGGUGAAGAGUCAGUUAAGGAUAAGAGAAAAGGAAAAGAAACAGAACACAAGGAAUCAGUACAAGAGGAAAGCAGAGAAGAAUAUUCAGAGCAAAACCGAAUAG